CUAGUACAAGAAAAUGUGCAACUAGCAAAGAAAUUGCUUUUACACUUAACCAAGCAUAUCCAAACCUUAAUAUUGCUUCCAGAACCAUCUGUGAAAAUCUUUUUAACUUAGGUUAUCACGUUAGCAUACCAACUUCAAUACCAAUAUUGACUGUUGCUGCCAAGGAAUGCAGAGUUGAAUG